CUCUCUCUUCUGGUCUUUUGGACCACUGGGGAACAUAUUUUGUUGCACGCGCAAAUGCGCAGGUACCCUAUAUAAGCAGGGGUUCAUGCCGAAAGAGAGUCACAGUUUCCGUAGCGAGACAGCCAAACACCAGUUUCAUCAUGAACGCUCUCUUCGUCGUCGCCCUUCUGGGCUUUGUUGCUGCCGCUAACGCUGGCUUCCUUGGUGGCUACGGCUACGGUCACGGCUACGGCCACGGCCACGGUUACGGUCUCGGACUCGCCUAUGGUGUCGGCCACGGCUACGGUCUCGGCUACGGCCACGGCCACUACGCUGUCGCCCCCGCUGUUGUGAAGGUCUCCAACUACAAGACCUCCUCCUACGGCAGCCACAUCAACCACGGCGUGACCCUCUCUGCCCGCGGAUACGGAUACGGCCACGGAUACGGCCACGGCUACGGUCACGGUGGAUACGGUCAUGGCUACGGCGUCGCCAUCGCCCCCGUUGCCGUCGCCGUCGGUCACGGCUACGGUCAUGGCUAUGGCCACGGCUACGGCUACCACUAAGCGCAGACUGUGAGCACCUGUGUUGCCGCCUCAAGGCAUCAGUACAUCAGUUCGGACUGUUCAACCCUCAGCCAGGACUGGCCACUACGCGGGGCCUCGAGGCAUUCGUCUGAAAGACGACGAUGCUGCGGGCUGUACGAAAUGUCCGGAAGGCGCGGCGCAGCUUGUACAGACUAGGGAGAGCGUUGUUUCCACCAGCUGGAGUGUUUAGGCUGUUCGUCGCUUCUCACUGGUCGAUGAACUGUCGGAAGAGAAUAAAACAAGACGAUAUUUAUUGAGAA